CGCGCAGCGGCGGGCGGGGCGCUCGCCGCUCCCGUCGGCCCGCGGCUCCCGCCGGGCAUCGGCGGCGGAGCGAGCCCGCCCGGCCGGCGGUGCCAUGCUCAGCGGGGCGGCCGCCGGGCAGCGCGUUCCGGCUCGUCUCCCCCGUCUGGCCUCGCCCGCGGUGCUGGGCAGUGGCGGCAGAAGCGAGAGAGGGAAUAUAUGAAGGAGGAGGUGGAGGAGUGUGCUGAAGAUGAGGCGACUGAAUCGGAAGAAGACCUUGGGUUUGAUAAAAGAGUUGGAUGCCUUUCCAAAGGUUCCUGAAAGCUAUGUGGAGACUUCAGCGAGUGGAGGCACAGUUUCUCUGAUAGCAUUUACAACGAUAGCUUUCCUGACUAUAAUGGAGUUCAUGGUGUACCGGGACACAUGGAUGAAAUAUGAAUACGAAGUAGACAAGGAUUUUACUAGUAAAUUAAGGAUCAAUAUUGAUAUUACAGUUGCCAUGAGGUGUCAAUAUGUAGGGGCUGAUGUUCUGGAUUUAGCAGAAACAAUGGUUGCCUCUGCAGAUGGGUUAAUCUAUGAACCAGUACCGUUUGAGCUCACUCCACAACAAAAAGAAUUGCAAAGGAUGCUGCAAGUAAUUCAAAGUAGGCUGCAGGAAGAACACUCUCUUCAAGAUGUGAUAUUCAAAAGUGCAUUUAAAAGUGCUUCUACAGCACUGCCACCACGGGAAGAUAAUUCAUUACAGUCUCCAGAUGCAUGCAGAAUUCAUGGUCAUCUCUAUGUCAAUAAAGUGGCAGGGAAUUUUCACAUAACUGUGGGCAAGGCAAUACCACACCCCCGAGGCCAUGCACACUUGGCAGCCCUUGUAAGCCAUGAGUCCUAUAACUUCUCCCAUAGAAUAGAUCAUUUGUCAUUUGGAGAGCUUAUUCCAGGAAUUAUUAAUCCAUUGGAUGGAACAGAAAAAAUUGCAUCAGAUCACAAUCAGAUGUUCCAAUAUUUUAUCACAGUUGUGCCAACCAAACUCCAUACAUACAAAAUUUCAGCAGAAACUCAUCAAUUUUCAGUGACAGAAAGGGAAAGAGUAAUUAAUCAUGCAGCUGGCAGCCAUGGGGUGUCAGGAAUAUUCAUGAAAUAUGACAUCAGUUCACUUAUGGUGACAGUGACAGAAGAACACAUGCCUUUUUGGCAGUUCUUGGUGAGGCUCUGUGGCAUUAUUGGUGGAAUUUUUUCAACUACAGGAAUUUUACAUGGCUUUGGAAGAUUUGUAGCAGAAAUUAUUUUUUGCCGUUUCAGACUGGGCUCUUACAGAUCCACAUUGGUCCCACUUCCUGAUGGCCACACAAGCAACCACUUACCUCUAAUUACAGACAAUAGUACACAUUAGCCUCCUGAAAAAAAUUUUUCUUCCUGCUUGAUACAGACUUUUUUAUAAUAAAGAAAACAUUGUGCAAUAUGCUGAGACAGUGCUGAUGGGCAGCAAAAAAAAAUGAAGCCUUUACAAAAAAAAAAAACCCUCCAACAAAACACUUUGUGUAAUUUUUUGUCUUUGAGUGCACGUGGAGACAUAGGAAAUUGUGAGACCAGUGAGGUGGAUGAUCUUCUGGAGACUGAAGGAGUGUUGCUGCCAAUACAGUAUUCGUGGUUGAGCUGAACGCCUUUGUGGGCUGCCCAUGACCACUGAAGCAUCUUAUAGUGAUGUCUGGGAAGGCUGCAGGCCCCAAGGAGAAAAGAGUACAAGUGGGAUGUGUGGAAGGGCUGGCAGCAGCCACAGAGGGACAGUAACAGAGCUGGAGUUUCUCUUAAGUGUGCAAACGGGGGAUUGGCUUUUUUUUUAUAGUGCUGGGGCUGAGGGCUAAGAUGCCUUUCAUACAGCUGGGGAGCGAUCCUAAAAAUCCUGAAGAAGAGAGGAACAAGGGAGUAAGUAAGAUGUAGCCCAAGCCAUUAUGUUGGUCACAACCACUGCCUUUCUGCAGUCCCACCACUCCUUAAUGGAAGAAACAUGUGGAGCAAAGGAGUUCCUCCAUGUUUCCACACAGUCACUGUGCCAACAGUGAGAAUGUCACUUCCAGCAUGGGUGUGGAUGUGCCCAAGGACUCCAAGAAUGUGCUCCAGCCUGCACAGCUUUUGGACUUGGAAUAAGAAGCCCUUUAAGUAAGGCAUUUGACUGUAGUUUUGAUAAAAGGCAAGACUCCCUAGUAUAAAAAUCAGGAAAUCUUUGAAUGCCUCUUUCUUGGUAAAGAAAUUGCUUUGAUGGAAUCAUUGUAGCUGUGCUGCUCAUGUGGGGGCCAUGGGAGCAUCCACAUCCUGGAAAUGGAGAGGUGAAGGGAGGAGGGGGCAAGAAGCUGCCAGUUCAGGGCAGCUGGGAGGUCUGCUAAGCCAGGCAGGGAGUGUGGAGCUGUUAGUAGAUGACUUCAGGGAAUAUGAAUCAUAUUGCUGCAGACAGGUGAUGAGACAGGAUCUGCAGAACUAAUCCUUGCUGUUCAUGGAGGGUUUUGUAAAUUAAAUGAAGAGAGCAAUAUUGUAUUGUAAAUAUGCUACUGAGAAAGAAUGUUAUUAAUGCAAAUGGUGCUUUGAGAAAUGGAACAUCAUGUUACUGCUGAACUACUGGUGUACACCUGUGGUUAAACAGUUACUCCACCAGUGUAAAAAAUUAUUAAUAUGAUUCCUUCUCAGCAAAACUGAUUUAAUAACAUGUUAGAAGAUGAUGCUGAUCCUGGCCUUACUCACCAUGGAAUUAAUAUUUUAAUUAAGAGGACUAAUUACAGAAAAAUAAAAAUCUCUGUGGCGUUGUCAGAUUUUGCUGACUUCCAAUUACGUACUUUGGACUGUGUUGAUCAGGAAAGUGUUAAUAACACAGGUGAUUUGCUAUGCAAAGUGAAGGGCUUCCUAACAAGAAAUGAAAUACUAAAUAAAAUGUGGGAAAUAAGGAAAGACUUCUGUUGAAUUUGGCUAUUGGGAAAAAAGUUCAAGGAAGCCAGGUCCUUGGGGAUGACAGCCAGGUUUGGAGUUUUCUCUUUUGUGCUUUGUUUUUUUAAUAUUGAUUAAAACUCCAGCAGCUUGAGAAACUCUGGUUCCCAUUUCUCUUUGGCAUUUCUCUCUGAGGUUUCUUUCCUACUUCUGCUCAGACUGGUUCUGCUUUGGGCUUUUCCUAACACUUGUUUCUUAUCUGCUUGGAACAGACUGUAUUGGUGGGAGAGACUGAUCUCAGUUGACUUUCUGUAGCAGAACUUUAAAUGUUAUUUUCUAUUCUUACAUAAAAGAGCCAAGCGGCUUGAUGUGUCUUAAA